UUUUCUGACACGACUACUGUCACUUCAGAUGUAAUAUGGUUUAGAUGCAAAUGUGUUGCCAGCCAGAAAAGUAAAAAAUAUGAUGUCUACUGUGCUGUUCAUCAACAGACAGGAAAAUGUUUGAAGGGCAAAUGUGCGUGUCCACAAGGUGUUUUAGGAAACUGCAGCCAUGUAGCUGGAUUACUUUUGGCUUUAGAGUUUAUCAACCGUACAAAAGCUCAGAAUCCAGGCGACAUCUCAUGUACUUCCAGGCUUUGUCAGUGGCGGAAACCAAAGCCUUUGUCAGAGAUAGUCAUAUACAAACCGGCAUAUGGAAAAGCUCCCCAGAAACCAAAAGAACGGGGCUAUGACCUCCGCCAUCCUGAUGACAGAGUUCCCGAUUUAGCUAAAGUCCAAGCCCAGGUUAAGGAAUUGAUGCAACUCUAUCCUAACACUGGACUACAGCAAAUGUGGGAUAUUCCUGUUGAGGUACCAGAAGUUGAAUUUGAAGUUAUUCUUGAAACUUCUGAAAUGGACAAAAUGGCAGAAGCCCUUAUUGUAAUGCCAGCCCGUUGCCAUGGACUGUUAGGUGGGGCAGAGAACACGAAAGUGCUGGAGUCAAAGCAUAUGAACAUCGGGGGACAAGACAUUCGAGGACUCCAUUGGAAAGAUGUAGCAUCCAUAAAGGACUUUUGUGUGACAAUCCAUGACAAUGGGGUCUUACCCCUGAAAAGGAAUUCAACUUAUUUUUCCCAAGUACAAGGGGAGAUGGCCAUCAUGUCAGUCCCUCGGACAGAUUUUGUUCUAUGGAACCCAGUGGAUUUAAUGGUAGAAAGGAUUUACUUUGAUGUUAAUUUCUGGAAAAAUGAAUUGUUCCCAAAACUUCAGGCCUUCUAUAAAACUAAAGUAGUCCCAGAAAUUUUGGGUGGAAAAUUUGGACUUAGAACAUAG